AUGUCGAGACCUCAUCAGUAUACCGUGCUGGUGACUCUUCUUGAAGGCCGCUAUUUCCCACGAAACCCCAAUGCCAAGCUCUACAUCCAGUGCCGCUUCAACACGGAAAUCCUCACCACUGAUCCGGUUGAUCACGUCGCAAGCCCCACCUUCGACACCGAGCUGGCAUGGGAUCUGGAUACCAAGGUGCUGUCGUUUCUGCGGUCCCAGCGAGCCACCCUGAAGCUCAUGUGCUACUCUGUCGAUGUCCACAACCGUCGAGACGCUGUUGGAUACAUCGUCCUGGACUUGCGAGCUGCCGCCGAGGCCGCCAAGGCCAUCGAAAAGUUCUACCCGUUGAUCAAUCCCAAACAGUCCGGUGCUUUCCGGCCCGAGAUCAAGCUAUCGUUCUCCAUCUCGGCCAAGGACGAGGGUCUGCCCCUGUACGAGGAGGCUCCUCCCGCUUGGGCGAGCGGAAGCGCCAUAUCCAAGGAACUUGCUGCCAAGGACCAUAUCUCCUCACCCAAGCUCCGGGCGGCAGGCCGCGAGAUGCCCUUCAACGCCGGGUCGUCGCUCCCCAUCGAUCUUCAGGAUGGAUUCUACCGGAUAGGCAGCGGGCAACAGCCAUGGGUCUUGUCGGUCUCGAUUGCCUUUGCCGAGAACCUCGCCGUGCUGCUCGACGGCUCCCAUCGCUCAACCAUCUUCACACCGGGGUUAUACUUUUACUACACGUUUCUCGGCAAUCAGAUCGUCACCGAAAAGUUUCGGGACAUAUCUUCGCCAAACUUUCCGGCCGAAAAAGUGUCGAUCCGCAUCCGUGCGCUCCUUCCCGAUCUCAAAACCUUCCUAUACGAAUCUGGCAAAAUCGCAAUCUAUCUGUGCCAUGAGCGCGACUUUCUUGGAUUUGCCGACGUCCAGCUCUCCAGCUUGUGGAGCGACGAGUCCGCCAGUGCCAUGACCCCGCUGGGUGAGAUGAGGGUCACCGAACGGCUCUAUCCCCUCUACAACAAGAAACAGGAGCUCCCUGUUAACCAGGAGGGCAAGUCGGCAAGUAUUGGCCUGUCGAUCAUGCUCCAGCCCGACAAAGAGGACUACGAGCCCGAUGCGCUGGAGGAGGAUCAGCCCGCUGCCUCUUCAAAUCGGUCGCGCAUUCCAACAGCCGCAUUUGGGUCGACACGGAGACCGCUCGCUCGAUCGGACGAUAUCGUUUUGUCCACAACUCCGGCGGCUGCUCGAUCUGGCGAGCGCCUCCCACCACCAUCGGCAUAUCAGCACCGCCAGUCUCACGAGCAGGAGACCCUCGCCCCACACCAACCUCCGCAACAGACGCAGUCGCUCCUCAGAAGCGACUCGGAUCUGCCCGGAUUUGAGGUUGCUGAUCACCCAUUGUCUGAUGAACGCGGUGCGAUCGGCGCGAUCGCGGCCAGCGGCCAAGCCGGGGAUAAUCAUCUCGGCGUAGUGCCAUCGAACGAUCUCGACAAUGUCGCGCGCGAUGCCACAGGGGGCGCAGAGGGGCUCCUUGCGCCGAUCCUGCCCACUACGCAUUUCAUGGAUGAUGGUCGGUGGCACCAAUUUCGAUUCUCAAUCGACCUCCGCUCCAUUCGAGAAGCCCGCUUCACACAACCACAGUCCCCUCUGAUCUACUUCAAAUAUGUGUAUCCUGCCUUUGGUACGCCAACGCCGAUAAUCGCUCCGUCUCUGAAGCCGCAUCCCAAUGUCGAGAGUGAGCAAGUUUUGCCGCAUUCGUUCUGCGCCUUUGAGUUUGUUAUGCUCUACCCCCGUCUUGUCACCUACCUUGAAGGCGUGCCGCUGGUUGUCGAGCUCUGGGAAAAGAAUCGGGCCGGAUUCGAACAUGACAAUUGUCUCGGAUCAGCAACGCUGGACCUCGGGCGACUUUACCAUAGUCCUGUUGUCGAAGACUCGGAAGGCGCUGUCGAUCGCAAAGUGCGUAUUCACACGCUCGAAGAAUGGUAUGAUGUUAUCGGAGCAGCAAACGGACGCUACCACAAAUGGCUGCAGCUCAAGGUAGUUCUUGCGCUCGAGGACUUUGGCGCAGUCGAGGGUGACUUUGGCGCGCGGCCGGCUGUGUCUGAGCCACCGAUCAACUCGAUAUCGAGGGAGCAAGUCGAUACAGCGCCCAGUGCGUCUCUGGAGUCGAAUCUGUAUCCCGACGUAGCUUUUGGGAAGGGUGCUCGCGAGGUCGAUGGAAAGUCAAGGGCAAAGCCCAGCCGCACGAGUGGAUACGAAUAUGCAGACUCCCCGCAACAUCUCCACGCUAGCCAUCGGCGACAAGCCAGCUAUGAACCCGAUCCAAAUCCAGGCUACACCGAGUCCGAGGGGUCCUCAGGCUAUGGCGGCUCAAUGCACGGCAAGAUCGAAUACAAGGUCGCCCUUGAGCUGGAGCUUUGGAAGAAGGAGGAGGAGCGCAAAUUUCGGCACAAGCUCCAGCAACGCGAGCAAGAGCUGAUGGAAAAACUCAGCAACGAGUGGAAGCAGCGCGAGCGAGAGCGCGAGCAACAUUUGAAAGGCAAGCUCGAAGAACUCAAAGACCUUGAGGGCCAUCUGAAUGAGCUCGUGCUGAAUCUCGAGGCCCGCGAACGCAAGCUCAAUUCUAGCGAAGACGGGGUCCGAAAGCUCCGAUCGGACCUGGAGCGACAGCACGAACGGAAGCUCGAAGAGGUCCGUGACGCAAGUCGCCGGCUGCAUGAAGAGUACCGCCAUCGGAUGGAGCUUCACAGCGAGCGGACGGCCGAAACCGAGGAGCGUCUGGCCAAGGCAAACAAGGAUAGGGAUGCAUGGGAAGGCCGAUGCAAGGAGCUGGAGAGUCAGCUGGACGGAUUUAGACGAAGCAGCGGUGUGACCGUUGAGGCAUCUUUGCGCUCGCGUAUUGCCGAGCUCACGGAGAAGCUCGUUCAGCUCGAGCGCCAGAAUGAAACCCUGGAGGCCUCCAAAAAGCAGUACAAGGUGCAGCUCGCCAAGGCCCUCAAGAGCAUCGAAACCUUCAAGAGAGCCGCAAUCGACGCCGAGGCACGCCGGGUCGAGGAGGAGAAGAGGAGCCUUGAGAUGGAAAAGAUGCGGCUGCUCGCCAAGGAAGAAGUCGAGAAUCAAAGCAGCAAUCGCCGGGUACUGAAGGAGAUCCAGAAUGACCUCGACGGCCUCAAGUCGCACUCGAUUCGACCGCCAUCCAAACUCGAGGACGAACGGCCCGCCCUCCCCGAGCCCCAGACGAAGCAGCCAUUCCAGGACGACGACGAAAGAGACGCGGACGUGUUGCCAGCUACGGCAGCCCCAGAACACGACAAGGAGAACUGGAGCAGGCAAAUCCGACAGCUGCGCCAGCUUGCCAGCAGCGCCAAGGCCGCCAUCGUUGCCAAGCAAUCCAAAGGCCACGAAGGCGACCCAAGCCGACUCCAUGGCGCCGAGAGUCUCGCAGCACCUGCCUUGGAUCCCAGCGUGGCAACCGAGAUCGAGCGGCUCGCUACCGAGCGAGACGCACUGCUCAUGACCGGGGUCUAUACCAGGGAGGACCGGCUGGUGCGCGAGCUUGACCGGCGAAUCAACGAGUUGAUGAGCAUGCACCAUACCGGCGGCGCCCAGAGAUAA